AUGGCGCUACCGGAAGUAAAGUGUAUCCAAUCCCUGACAGCCGAUUUUCAAAUUUUGUGACUGCUGAAGAUAACCCUCUGAGGGUAAUAUCAUUCUAAGAAGGACAAGUGACAAUACUUUUACAUAUGUCCAAUCACAUGACUUUGAAAUUGCUGUAAAUAAAAGCAAAAAUAAGCAGAAAAAUGGGAGAUGAUUCAGAAUGGAUGAAACUCCCAACAGAGGAGAAAUGCACUCAUAAGGUUUGGAGAGCAAGAUUGACCGGCUAUGAAGAGGUGACCAAGCUCUUCAGAAGUAUCACAGAUGAAAAGAGUUCUGAAUUUUCAAAAUAUGCUGGCUUGAUGAAAAAGUUUGUGAUAGAUAGCAAUGCAGUAGCUCAAGAGAAAGCAUUGGAUGCAGUCCUGGUUUUUAUUGAAAAUGCUGCCGUUGCUAAUAAAACGGCUGGGGAGGUUGUGUCAGCAGUAGUUGCCAAGUGUCUCAAUGCCAGCAAACAGAAGACUAGGGAAAAGGGCAUAGAAAUCAUCAUGUUGUACAUAGAGAUUGAGAAACAAGAUGUUGUCCAGGAAUGCUUAAUACAAGGACUGGAGAACAAACAGCCCAAGAUAGUGGUUGGUUGUAUACAGUGUCUCACUAUGGCCCUCAGGGACUUCAGCAAUAAGGUGAUGCCCAUCAAACCACUGAUGAAGUUUUUGCCCAAACUUCUGGAAGACCGAGACAAAAAUGUUCGAGAGGAAACAAAAUUGUUGGUGAUAGAGAUACAUCGCUGGAUAGGCCCAGCACUCAAACCUAUGAUGAACAACUUUAAACCUGUACAGGUGACAGAGUUGGAAGCAGAGUUUGAGAGGCAGCCAAAAGAGAAACCUCAUCAGCAAAGGUUCAUGAGAUCCCAGCAGGAUCUCAAAGCAAAGAUGGAAGAGCAGGCUGCUGCGGGUGGGGGUGAUGGUGAAGAAGACGAUGGAGAUGAAGGAGAAGAUGCUGUUGAUGCCUACGAAAUGAUGCCAGAAGUUGACAUAUUAUCUCAACUACCCAAAGAUUACUAUGACAAAGUGGAAGCCAAAAAGUGGCAGGACAGAAGAGAAGUUCUUGAAGCUCUCCAGAAGCUCACAGAAAAUCCUCGCUUAAGUAAUGGAGAUUAUGGGUAUUUGGUGAAGACUUUGAUCAAGGUGGUUGGUAAAGAUUCAAAUGUAAUGCUGGUCUCCCUCGGUGCCAAAUGUAUGGCAGGAAUCGCUAAAGGUCUCCGCAAGAAGUAUGCCCCCUAUGCUUCAAAUACUAUACAAGUUAUCCUAGAGAAAUUUAAGGAGAAGAAGCAGAUGGUGGUAGUACAACUUCGUGACGCGGCUGAUGCAGCCUAUAUGAGUACAACAUUAGAUGCUAUUUCUGAAGAUAUGGCAGCAGCCCUAGAUAACAAGAACCCCUCCAUUAAAGCAGAGACUGCCUAUUUACUUGCCAGAUGUUUUGCUAAGUCAACUCUCAGCACCCUGCCAAAGAAACUAUUGAAGCAGUUCUGUACUUGCCUGCUGAAGACGGCGAAUGACACUACCCCAGAAGUGCGUGAGCGGUCGUAUGAAGCCCUGGGGAUGGCUAUGAAGGUUGUGUCAGAGAAACACAUAGCACCUUUCCUCGUUGAUUUUGAUCCCAUCAAAAUGCAAAAGAUCCAGGAGAGUUGUCAGGCGGCUGUCCUCCUCAAUAUAUAUGGGGAGCCGCGUGGUGGGGCUGGAGCUGCAGCACCUAAACCAAAGAAGGAAGAACCUAAACCAGUCCAGAGACCCAGCACUGCACCAGCUAAAUCUGGCCAGUCUAAACCAGCAGGUGCUAAAGGAGGGCCACCUAAAAAGAAAGCUCCUGCUAAAGCUACCAAAGGCAAGGACAAAAAGGGAGGAGCUGCUGAGGGAGGCAACGAGUUCACAGAGAACGCCCUGUCGGACGAGGCUGUAGAGGAGAAAGCCACUGCAGUACUGUCUGCCGAGACCGUGGCCCAGUUGUCAAGCUCCAACUGGAAGGAGAGAUUAGCCAGCAUGGAGAAAAUGUCCACGACAUUAAAAGGUCUGAGUAAAGACGAUAUACCUUGUCAGGCCUUGCUACGCACUGUGUGUAAGAAACCAGGACUCAAGGAUACCAACUUCCAGGUUUUGAAGAUACGUGUGGAGACAGUUGGCCAUCUAGCAAAAAAUACCAAAUUUUCACGGAUAUCUGCGGAGUAUUGCCUGGCAGAUCUGGUGGACAAAAUCGGUGAUGUGAAGAAUGGGGCUGCAGUAAAGGAAACACUGAGCUGUAUAGCCGAGGCAGUGUCCCUGGACUAUGUAGGCAGGGAGGUGAUGAAACUCUCAUCCGAGCAGAAAAAUCCUAAGAACAGUUCAGAGUGUAUGAAUUGGCUGGGGAAUGCCAUCAAAGAGUUUGGUUUCAAAAUCAAUGCCAAAGCUUUGGUAGCCCUGAUCAAGAAAGCCUUUGGAGCUACAAACCCUGCUAUUAGAACAUCAGCCAUAAACUUGGUGCCUGUCUUGUACCUGUACAUGGGUCCAACUGCCCGGGUGUUUUUUGAAGACGAGAAAGCAGCGCUUCUUCAACAGAUUGAUGCUGAGAUCGAAAAGGUGAAGGGAGAGAAAGCCCCAGCUCCUACUAGGGGACCUGUCAUACCUACAGGGGGUGAUGAGGAGGAUGAUGAUGAUGAGGAAGGUGGUGAAACAGAGGAAAGUAAUUCAACUGACCUCAUACCAAGGAAUGAUGUAGGGGAAAAGUUUACACCAGAACUGAUGGCAGAGAUGGCUGAUAAGAACUGGAAGAUUAGGAAGGAGUCUCUGGAGAAAGUUGCUGCCAUAUUAAAUGAAGCCAAAUUUAUCACGGCCAACCUGGGUCCCCUUCCCGAGUCAAUCAAGCUCCGCCUUGGAGACUCCAACAAAAUACUGGUGAACAUGACAAUUGCAAUUUGUUCAACAUUAGCCACCAACAUGGGACCUCACUGCAAACAUCAUAUCCGAGUCAUAGGGCCUGCUCUUAUUGGCUGUUUUGGAGACAGUAAGCCUGCACUGAGGGCGGCGGCAGUGGGAGCACUCAACGCCUGGGUGGACCAGUGUAACUUAGUGCCCUUGGUGGAAGUUGAGGCUAUCCUAGAUGCAUUGAGACUGGAGAACCCCAACCUCAGGCAGGAGCUGCUGGGUUGGCUAUCAGAAAAGCUACCAAACCACAAACAACUACCACCGGACUUCAAACAAUGUGUGCCGCUGCUAUUAAACUGCCUUGAGGAUAGGAAUUCUGACAUAAGGAAGAAAGCACAGGAAGCACUUGUACCUUUUAUGAUCCAUGUUGGUUACGAAAGCUUGUUUAAGGCAGCAGCAAAAAUGAAGCCUGGAUCUAAGGACACGAUUCUUGCAUUGCUUGAGAAAGCAAGAGGAAACCUCCCAGCCAAACCACAGAAAGCUAAGAAAGCUGCAGCACCAGUGAAGGCCAGUACUCCAGAGAGUUAUGACGAACCUGAACCCAGCAAGCCAAGCCGACCGCUCUCCACUGCUUCACAGGAUAGUGUUGACAGCAAGCCUGCAAGCAAGACUGUCCGCGGCAAGGCAAAGGGUGCUCCAGCACCAAGUAAAAAAAAGAAGGAAGAUGAGGACCUAGGGCCUCCUAUGAACACUACAGUACCCAAAGAGCAGCGCUUCAAGGAUGAGAAGACCAUGAAGGUUUUAAAAUGGAACUUCAUUGAAGUGCGUGGAGAAUAUAUAGAACAGUUGCGGACACAAAUGGAAAAGAAUUUCAGCAAAAGCAUGAUAGAUUUACUCUUCCACACAGACUUCAAAUGUCACACCAAGGCUAUAGAGAUUCUUAUCAAGUGUCUGGACACACAGCAUGACGCGACAAUGGUGAAUCUGGAUAUUAUCCUGAAGUGGUUUACUAUUCGCUUCUUCGACACAAACCCUAGCAUGCUGAACAAGGCACUAGAGUACCUGCGCCUACUCUUCACCAUGUUGGUGGAGGAAGACUACCACCUGGCUGAGUACGAGGCAACCUCCUUCAUACCUUAUCUCAUCAUCAAAGUGGGAGACUCUAAGGAUGGAGUGAGGCGAGAUGUGCGUGUUCUUUUCAAACUACUCCACAAAGUCUACCCAGCCAGCAAAACCUUCAGCUACCUAAUAGAUGGUCUGAAAUCCAAAAACUCCAAGCAGCGCAUGGAGUGCCUGGAGGAGUUAUCAAGUCUGAUUGAGGCAUACGGCAUCACAAUUUGUCAGCCAACACCUGGACAAGCACUCAAAACCAUCAGCGGUCAGAUUGGUAACCGUGACAAUGGUGUGAGGAAUGCCGCCCUUAAUGCAACAGUGGUAGCCCACACCAUACUUGGGGACAGUCUAUACAAGUACACGGGAGUGCUCAAUGACAAAGACCAGGACCUACUGGAUGAGAGGAUAAAGAGGUCGCUGAAAAAUAGAUCUGCUCAGCCCCAAAAGGCUCCGGAGGAAUCUCGCCCUAAAACUGCCCCUCAGCAACCUCAACGAUCUGCUUCCCAAGCCACAAUACAGAGACCAGGUACUGGCAUUCCCAAGUCUGCCUCGUCCAACUCAGUCAAGAAAUUUGCUAUUGAGAUUGAAGAUGACCAGACAUCACAGCUAGAGUUCCCCAAGCUAUUGCAGUAUGACUUGGAGGAGCUUUUCCAACCGGUCAAACUGCCCCCAACUAUCACCCGUAACAGACCUCCUUCUCCGUCUCUGAGGAUGGCCAAAUCUACUGAUGCUGCCACAACAAUCAGCAUGGUAAUCUCUCAGAUCACCAGUGCAGACAUCACCUUGUGUAUCCAGGCACUUGCCCAGAUAGAUGAGGUGCUAAAGGAGGAGGGUCGAGCUGAGGUGAUGGUUAACCACGUUGACCAGCUGCUCCUGUCUAUGUCUAUGCAGCUCAAGAUGGUGUACUCUACACACAUGGGAAGCAAGUCAACACCCAAAGACAAUGUCAUACGUCUCUACAGGUGUCUGUUGGGGACCCUCCUCGCAUUGUUCCAAAAGCCAAGUCUGUCUUCCAAGGCCUCCAAGGACGUUCUGAAGGAUCUGAUAAAUAACCUGGUCACCAUCCUCCUAGACAAUCGACUAGUUGAGUUAGAGGAGGGUGCACAGGUUGUGCGGUCAGUUAACGUCAUGGUAGUGAAGAUUGUGGAGAAGGCAGACCAAACCUCCAUUAUGAGUGCCUUGAUCAGACUGCUACAGGACUGUGUUGCCAGUGAGAUAUGUUCUGGGAAAUUUCUGGAAUUAAUCAUGAAGUGUUUGUGGAAGAUCGUACGGAUGUUACCUGAGAUCAUCAAUGACAUCAACUUAGACAGUAUCUUACUGGAUAUACAUGUAUUCAUGACUGCUUUUCCUGGCUCUACGUGGAAGUCACGGCCCAACGACUUACCAAUACGGACAAUGAGAACGAUCCUUCAUUCCAUUAGUAAACUGCAGGGAGCUGCCAUUCUAAACCACAUGACGAUGAUUGAUGGUAAUUCAGAAGUGCGAUCCUACCUCAACAAAAUCCUGAAGGUCACAGGAGCUCAAAAUGGAGGCAUGGAGGAGGAGGAUUCAAGGGCUCAGAGAGGGAGUGCCCAGAAAGCGAAGAGACUGACCAAGAGUACACACGACAUGUUAGCGGUUAUCUUCAAAAAGAUCGGCUCAAAGGAGAACACCAAAGAGGGCCUGAAUGAUCUGUAUGACUUUAAAAAGAAAUACCCAGAUGCUGACCUGGAACCAUUUCUCAAGAAAUCCUCCCAGUUCUUCCAGAUGUAUAUAGAAAGAGGACUGAACAGUAUAGAACAGGAGAGGGAGGGGAAACACCCAACAUCUGAUACAGGGUAUACAAAGUCAGAUAUCCAGGUAAUUAGUAAUCCUUCUACCAGUGAAUCAACAGAGGAGCCCAAUGUUUACCUACAGAGACUACGGGUACUACGUGCCAGGUGUGGCCUGUACAAUAUUGAGGAGCCAAACAACACAAACCCUUCCAAACCUGAGCCUGAAGUUGAGGCCAUUCCCUCACAAGAUACAGAUACAGACAUGACAGGUGAUGCUGCACCCACAUCAGAUGAUCCACCAUCUUCCAUGACCUCUGCAGACAUCUGCGAACUCAAAAUGAGGCUUGAACGUAUCAAGCGAUUAGCCAACAGCUGAGUUAACAGUGGUAUCUAUGUUACAACUUUACAGCAACUGCCCAGUGUUGCCAAAUGCUUUGAAUUCCAAAGAGGGCAUCUCCACAAGGAGAAGUAACUCUUAUGAUAAAUUAGUGGGAACCAAGGAUGAAGAAUUGCAACAAGGGACAGAUAACUCUACACCAAGUGCAGGUACUUGGUUCUUGAAGACUAAAAUGCUGCCCUCAAUGUGAUAAGUGACUUAUGCAUCAAUGUUGUUAUUGAUAAACUGACUUUAAUUUAUGGAAAAGUUUGAUUUUUUUUUCUAUUUUUGUCUCGCUUUACUCCAGCUUGUGUAAGGCAACUGAAAUGCCUGUUGCCAGUGUUGGACACAGUUAACCAUGUCUGUACAGGUGAUAAUACACUUGUUUACAUUUAAAGGUGUCUAGAAAUGAACUAGACACUAGCAUUCUAUGUCUGCACAGGUGAUGUUGAAAUCUGUAUAUACAAACUAUAUAGGUAACAUGUCCAUAUGUUUACAUUUUAUGAAAUGAAAUGUACAAAUACUGUCCUUUUACAUGUACUUAUGAUGUAUUCAACUGCGAUGUUGUAUAUAAAAACACUGCCCAUGUAAUGAAAGCAGUUGCACUUCAAUUUUAACUGCAACUUUUCAAUAUACUGUAAGCUUGUUCUAUCUUGAUGUGAAAGGCUGUUUUUAGCUCUCACCUGGCCCUUGUGUGCUUGUUAACUUAUUGGAUACCGUCUGUACUGCUUCUGCGUGUCACAAUACUUUCGCCCCAGCAACUAUUAUACAACCGGAGUUCACAUGUUCUUGCUAUAACAGGUGGAAUUUGUUGGGGAAGACACUUUGUUCAAUAUGACCGUGGUUACCUCUCCAUGGCUAUUUUUUCACAACAUCAGUUUAUUGUUAAUGAUUUAAUUGUCACAACAAAAUUCAAAACAUAAUGAUUAUUCAUCUGGGUUGGCCAGUAUACAGUUCCCGAGUGAUAUGUAAAACUUUGAUCGACGAUUCCUAUGGUUCUCUUCAGUUGGACUAGUCCCAGACUAGUCAGGUGUCACUGGGAGGCUCUGGAGAAUUACGGUAUUCUAGACAUUAAUCACACAACUUUGACAGAUGUUUUGUAACCUCCAUUUGCUAGUUUGUGUGCAUAAAGUUUCAGUGUCAUUGAAGUCCCAAGAUAAGGCAUUCAUUCAGUGUAGCUUCAGUGUCAUUGAAGUCCCAAGAUAAAGCAUUCAUUCAGUGUAGCUUAUGCAGUCCAUAAAUAAGGGAGUCGUGAGGGAGGUUAUACGAUGUGGGGCCCCAGUGUUUGACCCAGGAGUAAAGUUUUUCCUUUCGUUUUUGCCACUGGUCUACAGAUUAAUGUUUUUGUUUAAUAAUUUUAAUAAUAACUUGAAAUGUCACUGGUGAUGGUAAUUUUAUGGUGAAGCCCUAGUUCAAUUAUGAUGACAUAUUUGGAUAAAUGGAUUUGCCUCCAGAAGAAAGUGACUGAGCUACCACAUGCAUUUCUGAUGAAUUCAGUCAAAGGAUUCUUGUAGUUGUGUGCAGUGUAUCAUGUAUGCACCAUACUAAUAUUUAAUGCAUCAUUUGUAUGCAAACUUUUUCACUGCAAUACAUAAUCCAUGAAACCGAAGUAAAUUGUGGUAGAACACAGCUUAACUGGAGCACUGCAUUUGUAAUACGCUGAGGGCCCUAAAUGGGGCAAGGUAUGAUACACCUAGGUCCUAACUAAGGAAAUGAAUUGUACACUGGGGUCCCUAAUUAGGGGAGCGCUGGUAAAGUGACUUGUAACAAUGUAUGGUACACCUAGGUCCCUAACUAAGGAAAUGAAUUGUACACAGGGGUCCCAAAUUAGGGGAGCGCUGGUAAAGUGACUUGUAACAAGUUUGCAAGGUGUAUCUAGUGUUGUUGAUACUAUUGACUUAACCAAGAUGGUGCUUAAGGCGGAGAUAAACACCUGAGUAUUUAAAGUGCUGCCAUCAAACAGGUAAACAACUGUAAUGGUCCUCUUAUUUUAGCUUUCAAAUAACAGGUUUGGAGGAUCAUUCUGUUGUGAUAAUCUUAAGUGCUACUGUUUGAUAUGUAAGACUUAGGCUGAUGUAUCCAGUGGAAAGGCGGAGGUAGCACAGAAAUAAUUUAUACUGUGAUAUAUGGAUACAAUUGGACCAGGAGUGGGCCUGUGUUGUUGGCAGAGCUCCACAUGUACUGAAAUAUAUUCGAGGGGUCAGCCUCUGUGCUGAUCUGGGUUUGUUAUUUUAUGUUAGGUUCCACCAGCAGUCAGACAAUCAUACCUAUAAAUUCUUGGUAUUUAGUUUGUCGUUUUCGCAGGAUUGUGGAUGAACCAGAGUCAUGUGACACCUACCGGGUGAUGUGCAGGUGAACCAUAAUUAGUUUGUGUAACAAGUAUGUCCAUCACCAUCAGACAUUCAAAACGUCAAGCCUGGUUAAGUAGCUAUUUCAUUGGCUAAUAUAUACGCACACAUGAUCAUGUUAUCACUUCCAACAUAAAAGAACAUAUUAAUCAAUUUUAAACACUGUGGCUUCCUACACUGCAAAUAUCAUGAUAGUAAUUUCUGUUACCUAAUUUUGUGUAUGGUAAAUGUAUGCCAUAGCUAUGUACAUGCAAUAUUACCAUAAGCCUUUGUAACCAUUUUGUUUGAAAAUAUUCUUUGAUAUUAUACACUGUACUAAUGUUCAAAUGUAAUUACAGAAUGCUACUUAUCCUCGGGAUGUUGUCCUCGGUCCAGUUGUAUGGGCAUUACUUAAUCCUGUAUCUCCACCCUAUAGAUAUCGUGAAGUGUUGUACAGGCAUUUUAACCCUGUCUCCAUGCUUGCUUUGUAAUCUAUUAUGUCCACAAUGUUAUGUCAUGUUUAUCAGCAUUAUAGUAAUGAUUUAUUUUCUGGUGAACUUUCUACUUAUUUCCUUCUGUGUCUUCAAUCUUUCCUUUCCAUCAAGCUUUUCCUGUAGAACGAAAUGCUGAUGAAAUGUAAAAAAGUCAGAAAAAGGUGACCAGCAUGGCUUCUGUUAAAGUUUAUGUCUUAUGUCAUAUUAUUGUACCGUUUAACAUGUCUGUAAGUCGACAAACGGGAAGAGUACCAAGUGUAUUGGUAACAUUGCCCCAGGGCUCUGGAAGUAAAGAGAUGGGUAUCCGAUGAAUUGGUAACAUGACCCUGAAAAUAUAGAUAUGGUUAAAAAUUGCAUUUAUACACUUAUUAAAGUCAUCAAAGAUAACUUCCUUGUUCAAAAGCAUAAAAAUAACAGUAAAAAUGUCCUCAUCAUGCAAAGAGAAUUCAACCUUAACAGGAGGAAAUGGAAACCUUUAUUAGAAUUUUAGUUGAUAUUAUCGGCAAGACUUUGACAUAGCCUUAUUAGCUCGUUGCAUUGGCUAUUUCAUAAGUGAUGCACAUGAAACAAUAUCUCCCAAAUCCUCCCCCCCCCUUUCUCUCUCUCUCUCUCUCUCUCUCUCUCUCUCUCUCUCUCUCUCUCUCUCUCUC